AUGAUCUCGAUAAAUGAUGCGCCUACCGUCGAGACUGUUUUACAAGCCAUUUAUGCUCUUUACGUUAACCCAGACAAUUCAGUCAAAGAAAAUGCUUCGAAAUGGCUAUGCGCUUUUCAGCAAUCCGUGUAUGCUUGGGAAAUAUCAGACCAGCUCUUAUAUCUGAAGCGCGACCUGAGUUCGAGUUACUUUGGUGCUCAAACAAUGCGCAUAAAAGUAAAUUAUCUUUAUUCCAUCUUUCAUUCAUUAGAUUCAAAUGUAUUUUACAGAACUGCCAACCGGAGCACACGCGGUAUGAUGGAUUUCAUUGAGGUUUAUCUUUCUAAGGCUUUAAAAGAUUCUCUGCUUAAUCACGUACUUAAACUGACAGAGGAUACGCCUGUAUCGAUUGCUAACCAGUUAUGCUUGGCGGUAUCUGACCUCUUUUGCCAAAUGGUACAAUGGAAUGACGCGAUCGGUGAAAUCGUGAGAACACUCUCACCAUCAGAAACAUCUUCUGCCUACCUUGUAGAUAUUCUGAGAUUCAUCGCCGAAGAGAUUUCCUCAAAAACCCUUCGGCUUGGUUUAAACCGACGACAGGUUUUGAUGAGCCACGCUGAAUCGCAGAAGCAACUCGUCCUGGACUUUCUGUUAAUGCUUGUGCAAACUAACAGUCAUCACAUUCUGUGCCCACUUUCCGUUUCCUACCAUCCGUCAACGCAUGUACAGUCUUUCCGCGUCAAAAAUGCUAAUGCGUCGAUGCUGGCCCGUAUCUUCAACUGUUUAGCCAGUUGGUGGGAUAACACCGGGGUGAUGGCUGAGAGCGAUGUGCGAAUAUCGCCUCUUCUCGAGGGUGCCUUUUACGUUCUGCGUAAUCCCGCCUCUUACCCAGAGUCCACUAGUAAUGCGGCAAUGGAAUGGAUAUUGGCACUUCUCUGCUCCUGUUCUACUCAACAGGGCUACACCAGUCAACUCCUCAAGUUCCUACAAACGAACAUCUACGGCCUCUUGGAUGUUUUUCAACAGUGCACUGUGGAGGCGUCGAAGUCGGAGGACGCCUCAACCGUAGUUGAUAGGGCCGCAAACAUUGCGCAGAUAUUCGCUGCUUUGGCACGUGCUGUCCCUCCACCCCCAGUUGGCUGUCGAAACAUGACGUUACACACCUUUUACGCCUUCCAGUCACUAGCCGAAGAUGCAGCUCGCCAUCAAAUGCGUCUUGCACCCUCCCCAGGACGCUCCGGUCUCAAACCUCCCACCUCUCCGGCUGGUGAUAUGAGCUCCCCACAGUCCCGUCCAGUGACGGCCUUAAUCCCCUACUUCACUCGUGUGGUCGUCGCUCUUACUCGCUACUGCCCCAGCAACACUGAGGACCUCGAGGCUGCGGAGGACUUGAGACAGUUUCGAGAGGAUGCUCACAGUCUCAUGCAGGACAUCGUCGACCUUGUUGGUGCGGAUACUAUCUUCGUUGAGCUACACGCUCACAUCCAAAAGUUGCAAGAGUUGGCUGCCUCCAAUCCGACACUGAAUAUGACCAGCGUGCUACAGGAGUCAGAGGCCUGUCUCUUCAUGCUUACCACAGUGGCCAAACGCCUCUCGCCGCAUGACCCCGAAGGUCGGAUCGGUUCGCUCAUCUCCACCCUUGUCCUACCGGGCCUCGAUUCCGACCCCCCGGCGCCACUACAGGAGGUGGGUUGUCUUCUGUACACCGAGCUAGCCCACUGGGCCGCCUGUCAUCCUGAACUCCGUCGACGGAUUGUGGACCAGUUGGUGCGCAUAGUCGAACGUGCCGUUGACGUCCCUGCUACGCAGCUCCGGGCCGUAGGGGCCGCCCUUGUCGCCCUGGGCAGUCUUUGUGCCGUUUAUCGGGUCUAUCCCUCGACCUCCGGUUCUGCCGACAGACCGAUAAAUGGCACAACUGGUUCUUCUGCUGCUUCACUCCUGGACGAGCACUGGAAGGACCUGAUCUUCCGUGUGGUCUAUUCAUUACCCCGGUUGGGAUGGGUGCCGGUCAACGAAGCAAUCGACUUCUUUGAGGGCGUCGUCAGGGGUUUAAUGGCUUCCAUUGUCUUCGUUCCUGGCAGCCCCGAACCUCUGGGUCCCAGAAAGGCCUUUCCGGAGCGUAUCGCCCAGUUAACAUCUGUCAGUGUGGAGUGUUUGACCAAGCUUGUCGAACAAAACGUGCCGAUUGACGGCGCGGACACCAUGUCUGACCCCUGCGUCUGGCUAGACUACUUGGCAACCAUUUUCCGCGCCCUUUCCAACCUGUUGCCUCGGUUGGACGACACCUACCGACGUUCCCACUUGAGCAGUGGCACCUACACAGAUGCCGCUGCGGCCUCUGCCUCGCCAAUCUCUAUAAACCAAGCGGAGUUGGCGAAUCUGGCCGAGUCCUCCCAGGCCUGUCUCGAUGGCUCCCUGCGUGUGGUUACUGAACUCAUCUGGCCGACGAUUGGUCGGGUGCUGCAGCACUAUGCUACAAAGGUACGCCCAAUGGAACGCUGUUGUCGCGUCAUCCGCUUCAUGGCU